ACCCUUUGACCCUUGUUUGUCAUUAGCAGAGCUCACGCAAGCUUCGUUUGCCUGCGCAUAGGACUGGCCCGUUGUUCCUUUCAUCCGAUCAGCUUGUCUGUUUUCCCAUGUAUAGUAUCAGCUAGCACUUACGUACUACGAGGCACUGUGAGCCUCAGCCUGAGACUAAAAUGUUACGGGCCGGACGCGGCAGCGCAGCGAGUGGACAUGGCUUAGGCAGUAGCUACAAUGCUCCAGCGUCAGCACGCACAUGGCAUAGAAUGUGCCCAUGCGGCACACCGCUGACCCAGCCUCGCGCCGCUCGGACCGCCGGGCGCCUCGGCCCCUCGGCGACCGCCGGCGGUUUGGCCCGCGGCCUGACAUGCAGCUCCGCAACCAGCGGCCCGGCGGCGGCAGUGCUCAGCGGCGGCUUCCCCCGCCUUGCCGCCACCGCACCUGCUGCCACAGGGGCUGGCGGCGGUCUGCGGCAGCUACUGCCGCUAGCGGCCUGGGCCCGUCAAGCUGCACCAGCGCCCGCCACUGCCGCACCUGCAGCAGCCGGGGCGCGCAGCUGUCUCCUGCAGCCGGGGCGGCGCGCGCAGCAGCAGGUGCUGGCGGCUGCGGGGAGGUACGGCAGUGGCGGCACCAGUCACAGGAGCAGUGGCAGGAGCAGUGACAGCACCAGUGACAGCAGCAUUGACAGCAGCAGUGGCAGGGGCAGUGACAGCAGCAGUAACAACGAUAGGAGCAGAGGCGGACAUGGCGCGGACAGGGCGGGCAGGGGCAGGGCAGGCGGAGGCCGUUGGGCCGGCGGCAGGACGGGCGGUGGCAGUGGCAGGACGGGCGGCGGCGGCGGCGGAGGCGGCAGGGCGCGUGACCCCGCGGAUGACAUGACUGUGUGUCGGACUCUGGAGGACCUGCAUGACGUCAUUGAUAAGCGGCUGGCGGUGUGGUCAGAGCGGCAAGACGUGAUGACCAUGUCAGCUGCCUUCAACCUGUGUGGCAAGCUGGAGUCCGCACGCGGCGGCGGGCCGGCCGCCACAGCCGCGGCCCGCGCUGCCAUCGUGGCGGCUCUUGCGCCUGCUCUCCUUCCGCUCGUGCCGCGAAUCCGCCAGCCGGCCGGCUGCAGCCUUCCGCUGUGGGCGCUGGCAAAGGCUGGGGCUGCCAGCGACGGGCGUGUGGAGUCACAGCUGGCGCCGGCACUGCUGCAGCGGCUGGUGGAUCCGGUGUUGCUGAAGGCGGCGAAGCCGCAAGAGCUAUCGAAUGCGCUGUAUGCCCUGGGCAAGCUGCGGGAGGAGCAGCAGCAGCGGGGCUCGGGCUGGGACCCCACCUCAUCGCCGCAUCUGAACGCACUGACCGGCGCUGUGGCCUCGCGGCUGCGUGCGGCGGAGGGGCACGUCUUCAAGCCGCAGGAGCUUUCCAACAGCCUGUGGGCGUGCGCCAAGCUGGGGUACCGAGACUCAGACCUCCUGCUGCCGCUGGCGGAGGCGGCCGCAGCCCUUGCCCCGGACAUGAAUGCGCAAGAAAUAUCCAACAGCCUGUGGGCGCUUGGGGCCCUGGGCUGCACCGGACCGGCGUUUCGGGCAGUGCUGGAGACGCUGUGUGGUGCGGCGCUGCGGCGGCUCCGGGUACCGGAGAAAUCUGAGGCGUUCAAGCCGCAGCAUCUGUCCAACAUCCUGCUGGCGAUGGAGGGGCUGCAGCUGCGAGGCAUGCAGGCAGAGCUGCUGGCGGCAGCUGUAGCUGCAGAGUGCGUGCGACGGCUCCGGACACCGAUGGGAGCUGAAGCGUUCAAGCCACAGGAGCUGUCCAACAUCCUGCUGGCGCUGGAGGGGCUGCAGCUGCGAGGCAAGCAGUCCGAGCUGCUGGCGGCUGCAGUAGCAGCAGAGGGUGUGCGGCGGGGCUUUGCCGGCUUCAACCCGCAAUGCCUCAGCAACUCGGCGUGGGCCCUGGCUAAGAUGGGGUAUGGGGCCGGUGCAACGUCGCAAGCCACGGAGCAGAGCCAGUGGUACGCGGCCGCGGCGGCAGCAGCUGAGCGGCCCGGGGUCAUGGCCGGCGCCAAGCCGCAGGAGUGGGCCAACCUGUUGUAUGCGCUUGCGUCAGUGCGCCACCAGCCGCCGCCCGCGCUGCUUGACGCAGGCGCCGCGGCGGUGAUGCAGCGAGGCAAUGCACAGGAAUGUGCAAACACGCUUUGGGCUCUGGCGGUGCUGCAGCUGCGUCACGCCGGCUUGGAGGCGGCGGUGUGCGGCCGGCUGGGCGAGCUGCUGCGGCUAGGCCCGGAGUCGCUUGUUGCACAGGAGCUUUGCAACAGCUUGUGGGCGCUGGCGGUGCUGGCAGGCGGCGGUGGCCCUGCUAGCCCGGCUGCCGCUGCGCUGGCCCCGGCGCUUGCCCUUGAGGCCGUGCGGCGGCGUGAGGAGCUCAAUGGAGACGGCUUGAGGCAGCUCUGGCAGGCGCGACAGGAGUUGGGCGGUGAGGUGGCGGAGGCUCUUGCCCGCAGCCCCGACCUGCUAGCCGCGAUGGAGGCGGCGGUGGCUGCCGAACGGGCGACAACGUCGACCACCAGCAGACUGCAGGAGCAGGUGGCAGAGGCGCUUCAGCGACUGCUGCAGAAGGAUCUCCUGCCCAUUGUGUCCGUGCAGACGGAGGUGGUGGUGGAGGGCGUGCUGGGGCGUGUGGACAUUGUGGCGGGCUGGAGGGACGGGCGGAGCGUGGCCAUUGAGGUGGACGGGCCAGACCACUUCCUCACCAACCGGAAGAACGACCCGUCCGCGGCAAUUGGUUCUACGGCCCUACGCAACCGGCAGCUGCGGCGGGCGUUUGGGGAGGGCGGCCUGCUGUGUGUGCCGUACUGGGAGUGGUACGGCCUGAAAACGUCUUCCGCUCAGGAGGCCUACCUGCUGCAGCAGCUGCAGGAUCUGCUAUCGGGCGCUUCGUCAGGAGCAGUAGCAGCAGGGGAAGGCAGCGCCGCCACCCCUCGCCGCAAGCAGGAGCGGACGACUCGGCCGCAGCCAAACACUGCCGGCCGCACCAGCACCAGCACCACCGCUGGCAGCAGCCAGAACAGGCGCGUCCUCGUUGUUGUCCGCAGGAAGGCGCGAAAGCAGCAGGAGGUGGCCUGCGGUGGUGGGGCGGGAGAGGCCUCGGAUGCAACAGUAGCUGCAGCGACGGUACCGGCGGAGGCUGAGGUGGUGGCCCCUGCCGGGCAGCAGCAAACGGAAACGGUGCAGCGGCUUCCGAACAGUGGCGCUGGUGGCGGUGCUGGCGAGGGCGGAGGAGACAGAGCUCCUCUGGCGCCGCAGCCACCACCACCGCAGCAGCCGCGCGUGUCAGCGCCCCGGGCGCGCCGCAGCAGCCGCCAAAGCCCAAGCCGCAGUAUUCAGGCGGGCUCGCCUCCUCCUUCGGUUGAGGCCCCGCCGCCGGAGCAGAUGCAGGCGGCAGCGCCACCCCGGCGGACCGCGGGUGGGAAGCGGACUGUGCGGAAAGCGGCGGCGGCUCCGGCAGCAGGUGGCGGCGGCAGUGACCCCGAGGCGGUGGUGGUGCCGGCCGCGGUCUCUGAAAAGCAGGCGGCGGUGGUGGCUGGGGAGGAGGGCUCAACGUUAGCAGACGUGGAGGGUGGUGGUAGUGGUAGUGGCAGGGGCGGGGGCAGCAGGCGGAGGCGGGCGGUGGGACCGGCAGGCGUGCGGCCUCGUCAAGCCUAGCAGCAGCGAGUGAACGAAAGGGGGCGGGGAGCAGUGACCUGGGUUAGUGGUUGCGGCACAAACGUGCACACGACUUGUGGUUUGCGCAGCGGUUUUCCUUGUGUCUUUUCCCAACGCACGUGUGUAAGGAGCAGUGAAUGCAACAUGCUAAGGCGCGGCGCGACGGGCGUUUGGCGUUGUGUGGUGCGAAUUUGGUGCGGUGCCCAGUACGGUGGGCAUCUGUGGUGACGGUCAGGCAGGUGAGCGGCCGUGAGGCCCAGUAGGGGUGGCCAUACAUGGGGUGCAGCGAGGGGCGGGGCAUGAAGCAGUGGAGUUGGGGCACACACACCAGCUACCUACCGUAGUGACACGUGCACACACGGCGCGUCAAAUGCGCCAAGUUUGAGGCAUGCCGCUUGUGUUUUGUGGGCAGAUGGUAGAGGGCUACGGGUCAGCGGUGGCAGUGGCCGGGGCCUGGGGCUUGUGUGUUGGUGGCGGCUGACGUGACGAGCAGGCGUGACGCUGGGGUGGCGCUGGGGUAGGCGGGGGAGAUGGAGAGACCCCUCCGCGUGUAGCAGGCCAUGGAUGGGCCCGGUUGGCACGAAAUACGCGACGCAGUAUGUGUGUACGGUAUUUGGUGGGGUUAACACCCAUCAGUACCGUACUCCUCCUAGAUGUGGAGGCCGCGAGGCUCACCGCUAGGUGCGUCGUCGGUACAUCAAACUCGUGCCAACAUCUACCUUGGCCCUGGCCCUCGGCCCUGGCCCUCCUCCAAGCCGAAUCUUAUCCAACAUCUCUAUCGUAUUGACUCUGGAAUGGGAAACGGGUGCACGACGGGGGCGGAAUGAGCGGCACUGACAGCCACGGGCAAGAGCGGGGUUGUUAGGCGUCGGCCGGGAGCGAGGUCGCAUGCUGGCGAGCCAUACAGCGAAAUU